AUGUGCCUCAGAAUCUACACCUUUUAUUACAGUGAGGAGGCAUUGCCUAGGAAACGGACUCCCAGUAACGAGUAUUUGUUCUUAUGUUUAAAGGUUUCUGCGUCGGUGAUAAUCGAAGCAGAGGAUGCCAGACUGUCGUGGCUAUCAAAACGCGGAACUUGCUUUUCUUUCGACAUUUUCUUUGGUCUCCUUUCUGUCUCUCGUCCGUCUCUCUCUCUCUCUCUCUCUCUCUCUCUCUCUCUUUACCGCUUUCUUUUCUGUCUUUUUUUUUUAUAUCGGCUGCAUUUUCUACUCGCUAAUGCAGUGCCUGGAUACUUUCUUUCUUUCUUUCUCCUCAAGUUUGUUGACAUCUAUCUAUCUAUCUAUCUAUCUAUCUAUCUAUCUAUCUAUCUAUCUAUCUAUCUAUCUAUCAGGUCUGUCUGUCUGUCUCGUUCUGUUCAUUUCUUUCUAUCUAUCUAUCUAUCUAUCUAUCUAUCUAUCUAUCUAUCUAUCUAUCUAUCUCGUUCUGUUCAUUUCUAUCUAUCUAUAUCUCUUUAUUUCUAUCUCUUUUAUAUUUGCUUUCUCGUUCUCGUUCUCUCUUUCUCUGUCUCUCUUUAUAUCUCUCUCUCUCUAUCACUCUUUCUCUACUCUCUCUCUCUGAAUUAUUUCUUUCUUUCUGUCUAUUUAUAUAUCUAUCUAUUCAAUGUCUAUCUGCCUGUCUAUCUAGAUAUAUAUCUAUCACAAUUUGAUCUUAUCUAUCAUGUACUGUUCGUAUUUAUCUAUCAAUCUGGCAAGAGUCUGUUAUCUAUCUAUCUAUCUAUCUAUCUAUCUAUCUAUCUAUCUAUCUAUCUCAGUCUGUUCAUUAUCUAUCUAUCUAUCUAUCUAUCUAUCUAUCUAUCUAUCUAUCUAUCUAUCUAUCUAUCUAUCUCAGUCUGUUCAUUAUUCUAUCUAUCUAUCUAUCUAUCUAUCUAUCUAUCUAUUAUCUUCAUCUAUCUAUCUAUCUAUCUAUGA